AUGGCUGAUAUCACUACAAUUGCUAACCAAUUCACCACUUACUAUUACCAAACUUUUGAUGCCAACAGAAAUAAUUUAGCUCAACUCUACAGAGAAGCCUCCAUGCUUACUUUCGAGGGUCAACCUUUCCGUGGUGCUGCUAGUAUUGGCGAGAAGUUGGGUAGCCUUCCUUUCCAAAAGGUCCAACACAGAGUCUCUACCUUUGAUGCUCAACCUGCUGAUCCUUCUGGCAGCAACAUCCUUGUUUUCGUUACUGGUCAACUUUUGAUUGAUGAUGAAACCAACCCUCAAAUGUUCUCCCAAACCUUCCACUUGGUUCCCGAGAAUGGUUCUUACUACGUCUUCAAUGACAUUUUCCGUUUGAUCUACGCUUGA